AUGAGAUCUGAGAACCAGGAAUAUUCAGUCGAUCAGGAAAUUGCCAACUUCUUCCAAAAGGCAUCUGUAGACCGCUCAUCCUGUGAUGAUCGAGCACAGAAACUCGUGGGAGGCACUGUGACCCCCAUUGCAGUGCAAGGCGCUUCCAGUUAUUCUGUAUACGCCGGUCCAAAUCACGAAUAUGUGGUGCAGUUCCGACUAAGGUCUCUUUGGCUGAAGACAGAAAUUGCAAAUAUUGCCAGCAAGAUAUAUGGAUCCUUGGUGCCCUCCGUCUCUUGUUACGGUCAAAUUGGAAGAGAUGUUAGUGGGAAGGAACGUCUCUCUCUCUAUGUGAUGAGUCGGGUGAAAGGCAUUCGCCAUCUCGAUUUUGUCAAUGCGCAUAAUCUCCCAGAGAACUCGCCCGAGUACUUUACUUGGAGAGAGAAUCUGAUCUCCGACGUUGCUAGUCUCACAUGGAAAACCUCGCUGAAUGUCGACGCAUCGUUUCGUGAAAAUCUCUAUCAAAGAUAUGACGAAGACCUGCGGCUGCUCUUAGCUGCUCUCCCUAAUCGCUUCCACGCAAUCAUUCAACAAUCGAUUGACGCUCUACCUGCUAUUUUUUCGCUGCCUAUGGUCCUUCUUCACAAGGAUUUUGGUAUGCGCAAUGUCAUGGUUGAUGCCGACAAUAACCAUCUAAUCGGAAUCAUUGACUGGGCCGAAGCAGAAAUUGGUCCCUUCGGAACAAACCUACAUUGUCUCCAGCAGUUUAUGAGCAAAUAUCGCCUUGGUGUUGGCUGGAUUCGAUAUCGUAAUUAUGACACUUUAAACAACAACUUUUGGAAGAUCCUUUCCGUAGGCGCUGGGCUCGAGGAGGAGACGAUCCGAACUAUAAAAUCCGCAAUGAUUGUCGGCCUUUUACUUUCCCAUGGAUUUACGAGCCGCCUUGCCAAUAUGCCGAAGCCUGAGCCCAUCCGCGACGAUGAAAGCGGAGCUUUCGAGAUGCUUGGGUUGGAUAGCUUACUUAUCGUUCCUGCUACGAAGCUUGUGGAUUAG